UAUUGAAAUAGCAUUUGGACAUCGGUACACGAGUACAAACCGAGGCUCUCUCAGUUUGCCGUCAAAGGAGUAUUAUGCAUCUUUGCAAAGUUAAGGCAGUGCUUGCGUUUUUCUUGGCGAUUAGCUGUGUGAUGGGUGAAUCCCACCAUGAUUCUAACGAGCUUCCAGAACAGUUCUUUAACACAACCACAACGGACCUUGGUAAUGAAAAGCAGAUAAAGGUCAUUUCACCAGAUGGAGCGUUGCUUGCCACAAUUACCAUUUUUGAAAUCGAGGGAUACGAAGUUGACAAACCAACGGACAGAAACAAGUGCUUGUUGAGCAAGGUGUCUGAAAACGUCACUUGUUAUGACGAAGUGCCCGUGGCGGAUAUUGACGCGAUUCCAGACAACAUUGCAGCCUUCUGUAAGGGCAGGGAGGUCCUGAAUCUGGUUCCAACUGACUGCAACAAACAGGCGGAUGUUCCAUCCGGUAUGUGUAUGUGUACACAACAUAUACGUCUGGAAACAACCAAUGGGUAACGAUUCCACCAAUCCUGGCGUUGUUAAGAGAUCUGUUUACAGCACGUGUGGACGGUGGAUCAUCAACUACCACACUUACUGUUGGGACUACUGCUGCAGCCAGCUUUGGACUGGUCAAUGUUUCCGAUAUUGUACGAUCUGCACUACAACCACAAUAUGGACAUACCAUACUCUCUCUGGGUACGAAUACCCCUUUUAGUGCUAAAACAGAACACACAUGUGAUACUGAAUUAGCAUGUAUAUGAACAUUCUGAUUAAAAUAAAGAGUGUGGACGUUCUUUAUUGAUUCAACAAGUCGAUCAAAUGCAAAGUAUUUUAUUAUAUUGAAAAUAAAAGUGUCUUCCUUUU